CGGCCUAACAACUAGGCACUCCACAUGGGCCCACAACAAAUUUCGUAUGCUCCCACGUAGCACGACACUUUACCGCUCAAACUCGACCGCGGAUCUCACCGUUCCUACAUAUAAGCAAUAUCUAUGACAAGAUGGUCGUCGCUGGUAACGCAUUGCUUCCUUCACCGCCUCCUCCACCACCACCACCAUGACGAAUAAAAAGGUAAUCAAAGUCCAUCCCAAGGAUCACACCAACGACCCUGCAAUUGAGAGGUUUGAGCUGUCGGACUACGACCACUGUCUUCCCAAAAUCUACACUCUAAUCGCGCUGGUCUACAAGCUGGGAGAAGGGACAGCCUCUCCCGAGACCAUUAUCGGCAAUCUUCAACAAGGCCUUGAGGUAACUCUCAGCCAGUACCGCUCCUUAUCCGGCGUUCUCCGAACGUCGCCCGAAUCGGGAAAGGUAUGGAUCCAAAAGCGCCGCGAGAGCAUCGUCGACUUGAUCGCGAAUUGGAUGGAGGACGCCUUCCCGUCCUACGAAGAACUUGAGAAAGCGGACUUCCCAUGUCAUGCAAUUGACGGCGAUGCGCUUCUUCCGACUGCUCUUACUCAAAAGCAGCCGCUGACGCCAUUGGGCGAGGAAAAGGAGGAUGACUCAGUCGUCUUCUGCGCGCAGGUGAAUUUCAUCCGAGGAGGGGUAGUGCUGGGGAUCGCGAUCCAUCAUUGUUGCUCUGAUGCGCCGGGAACGGACGGCAUGUUGACAAACUGGGCGGAGAACACGCGAAGAGUCAUUGUCGGUGCUGGUCCAGCCCCCUUCGAUGCGCGGAACCUGGACCGCAGCCCAUUGAUCUCGAAAGCAACGCCAACCGAGGCGCAAUUGCGUGAGAUUGAGGAACGAGGCAUAACAGGGGCGCUUGCUCACGUCAAAACACCUCCCACGCCGCCAAAGGACUUUGUCAUGCCGCCGAUCUCUCAGGUCAUGCUUCACUUCAGCAAAUCGGCCCUUGAAAGGCUAAGAGCGGACGCGAAGCCGGUGGACCAGGACCGGAUAUCCAACUACAACGCCAUCAUGGCCAUGAUGUGGCGGUCCAUUACGAGAGCUCGCAUCCCGCUGUUCCACCCCAAUCCAUCGUCGCCUACUCACCUCGUUCACGCUGUUGGUUUUCGGCGAUAUGUCAAGCCAGCGCUGCCGCCGGGCUAUCUUGGCAACGUGCUCAUGCUGCCGAAGCCUGGCCUGGCGAUCGAAAACCUCCUCAGCGACGACGGCCUUCGUUCAGCUGCGGCGGCGGUUCGCACCUCUAUCACCUCAAGCGUCUCUCCCUCCACUAUUGAAGACACCUCGACAUGGAUAGCCGGCACCCCCAACAAAGCCUGGAUCAGCCUUAAGCUGAACUCCUUUCUGGGCAUGGACCUCGCGGCCACGACGUGGCAGGGUAUGUCUGGGUACACGACGCAGGACUUUGGAUUCGGGCUGCCGCGGGCGAUUCGUUGGCCGAAACCGAAUGUGGAGGGGUACGUGUUUGUAUUUCCGGAGAGGCCAAAGGAGGAUCCGGAGGAGGGUGUUGAACUCUGCGUGGUUCUGGAGACGAGUUGUAUGGACAGGUUGUUGGGAGAUGAGGAAUUGGGCAAGUAUGCGGUGCCGAGGGGGAUGGAUUGAGGGAGCUGUAUGUUCCUUCAUCCCUACUUCAUGACGGGCUUGCAUGUUUCUAGAAAAGCGGGGAGUAGGAUUUCGAUUAUGACGUUAGAGUGAAUGUUGCUAGGACUAUCAAUGCUGGAUAGGGCGAGGAAUUCGCUCGCAAACCGCCACACACCAGUGCUAAGUAUAUCAAUGGAUUGCCGGC